AUGGAGAGCCAAAGCCAACUACAAGUUUCAAAUUCACAUCAACAGAGUGGAGGAACCACCUUUCUAAAAACUUGUUUCAAUGGACUCAACUCCGUGUUAGGAGUUGGGAUACUCUCAAUGCCUUAUGCAGUUUCUCAAGGAGGGUGGCUGAGUUUAAUACUGCUAUUUCUAUUUGCUAUGAUAAGCUGGUACACAGCGUUACUUCUGCAAAGGUGUAUGAAUGGACAUCCACUAAUCAAAUCCUACCCUGAUAUAGGUCAGGUUGCUUUUGGGUACAAAGGAAAAGCUUUGAUAGCCAUUAUCAUAUAUAUAGAGCUGUUUCUAAUUGCCGUGGAGCUUCUGAUAUUAGAAGGUGACAAUUUGGAGAAGCUGUUUCCAAACGUGAGCUUCACAAUUGCAGGUCUUAGAAUUGGAGGUAAAAGAGGUUUUGUCAUGCUUGCUGCUUUGGUAAUAUUACCAACAACAUGGUUGAGAAGCUUGGGAGUUCUGGCUUAUGUUUCUGUUGGUGGAAUACUGGCUUCUAUUAUUUUACUCGGUUGUGUUGUGUGGGUGGGUGAAGUUGAUGGUGUGGGGUUUCAUGAAAGAGGACACUUUGUUCAUUUGGGAGGAAUGGCCACUGCUGUGAGCAUUUUUUCGUUCUGUUUUUGUAUGCAUGCAGUACUCCCCACACUAAUCAAUUCCAUGAAAGACAGAAGUCAGUCUUACAAGGUUUUGCUGGUUUCCUUUGUGGCAAGCACCAUAGUCUAUGGAUCCAUGGCUAUUUUAGGCUAUAUGAUGUUCGGAGAAUAUUUGAUGUCUCAAAUCACCUUAAAUUUACCGACGAAGAAAAUAAGUACAAAAAUUGCAAUUUAUACGACAAUAAUCAACCCUUUGACUAAGUAUGCUGUUGUAAUCACCCCAAUAGCCAAUGCUAUCGAGGACAAAUCGCUUCUCUGCAAGAGAAGGCCUAUUGCCAUCCUCAUGAGAUCAACCAUUGUCGUCAGCACUGUACUUAUAGCACUGUUCAUUCCCUUUUUUGGUUAUAUUAUGGCGUUUAUUGGUGCAUUCUUGAAUGUGGCAAUCUCAUUGUUGUUCCCAUGCCUCUGCUACCUAAAGAUAAACAAAGCUGCUCGGCGAUUUGGGUUCGAGCUGAUCAUUAUCAUAGCAAUAUUGCUAAUAGGAUCAUUCAUUGGAAUACUGGGUACCUACAUCUCUGUGAGGCAGAUAGUAAAUCAGCUCAAGUCAUCAUGAAGUUGAGUGCUUAAGGCUUUUAAAAACCUAUUUCAGCAUUUACUAAUAAUGUACGCUACCAAAUAAUGAUAUAUUUACAUCCACUAGGGUUGUAUUUGCAUAUCUUCGUCGUCGGGUAAUUUGCUUUUUCCUAAUGGAUGAAACAGAAAAGAAAGCCUAAUUAAUUUUACCAUAGAUGCAUAUUUGAAAUAUCGUUUUAGUUCCCAUGUGAUUUGCAGGGUAAGCAUUUUUCUUUUUUUAUCACGUGAAUGGCUACACAUAACGUACAUAUCUUAAUAAGAUGGUUGACAAAUCAGACUCCAACAACUUCAUUGAAUGUCCAAUACUACCAAAG